AUGUGAAGAAGAAAGGCACGCGGCAUGCGCUAGGAAAGCAAAGAGACAAGCAAGGCGGGAGGGACUAAUAGCAUAACAAAGAUGUGCCAUCUUACAUCUUAUCAGAUUGGAAAGAAUAAAAAAGAAAGAAAAAAACACGAGAGAAAAGUAGAAAAAAUCAAAGAAUCGGGCACGUACCACAACGAACCUUCUCAAGUCCACGCUUUCUCACACGACCCGCUCCUCACCAAACCAAUCGCGCUGCUAUCUUUUGCGGCCCCUCACAGUGAGGUUUGCGUUCCAACAAAUCAAUCCAAGGCGGCAAUCCAAGGCUGCGCAAACCAAACAAGUCAGUACUUGUGAUUGAUUGAUAGAGAGGUAGCCUUAAAUCACCUGGGUGGACAAAGAGCGGCGCUGGUGUUUGCGGCAGGAGCGAGCGAGCGAGCGAGCGAUGCAACUCUGAUGGGUCUUCUCCGGACGAGCAGGGAGCGCUGCAACUCGGUACUGAUUUGCUCCUUGGUCUCCCUCCUCCUCGUAGCUACUAGAUUCGUCGCAGCUCAGACCAGCGACGAUGGCUCCGUGCUUCUGGAGCUCCGCAGCAAUCUCACGGAUCCAUUGGGGAGCUUGAGAGGCUGGACUCGAUCGACGAGCUACUGCUCAUGGCAGGGGAUUCGCUGUCGAAACGGCACCGGCACGGUGACAGGGAUCUCUCUGUCAGGGAGAUCGUUGCAAGGUGUGAUAUCUCCGGCGAUCGGGAGGCUCCUGGGCCUCCAGGCUCUCGACUUGUCCAGGAACAGCAUCUCCGGUUUCAUCCCCAGCGAGGUCACCAGCUGCACACAACUCACGGAUAUCAAUCUCAGCCAAAACUCGUUGACUGGAACCAUACCUCAGCGCCUCGACUUGCUGCCGAACUUGACCAGCCUCCGGCUCUUCAUGAACAGGCUGCAAGGCUCCAUCCCGGCCUCGAUCGGUUCUCUCCGUCUCCUGACCAGGCUGAGAGUCGAUGACAACGAGCUGGAUGGUUUCAUCCCCAGCGAGAUCGGGAACUGCUCGUCGCUCACGUUCUUCCAAGUUUAUAACAACCGUCUUCGAGGUGGCGUCCCGGCUACGAUCGGCAGGCUCCAGCGGCUCACGCACUUGGCGCUGUACAACAACAGUCUGUCCGGGCCGCUUCCAAGGGAGCUCGGAGGCUGCAUUGCGCUCAAGAGGCUGACCAUCAACCGCAACUUGUUCCAGGGGCAGAUUCCAAGCGAGCUUGGCCGGCUCGUCAACUUGAACGAGUUCCAGGCGUCGAGUUGCAACUUCACCGGGAGCCUUCCGGUGGAGCUUGGCAGCCUCUUCAGCCUGUCCAGCCUCGACGUCUCGCGUAACAGGUUGUCGGGAGAAUUGCCGCUGGGCCUGGGAAGCACCUGGAGGCAAAUGCUGUCACUCAACUUGAGCUCCAACAACAUAACAGGAAGCGUACCGGAUUCGUUUGGGGCGAUGGUGACGCUGGACGCGCUGGAUUUGUCUCUCAACAGUUUCACAGGUGAGCUGCCGCUGCGGAUCGGUCUCCUUUCCAACUUGUCCGUGUUGAGUCUCUCGGGGAACCAGUUUCAAGGGCCUUUGCCACCUGCGCUGGGAAUGACAAGCGAUCUACGUGUGUUAAAUGCUUCCAAUAACAGGUUCUCCGGAGGCUUACCUCCGAGGCUGUGUAGCAGCGGGAAUCUAUCGCUGCUCGAUCUUUCGAAUAACAGGAUCGAAGGAACACUGCUCACAGUCGAGAACUGCUCGUCGCUGCAAACGUUGGUCGUCUCCAACAACUUCAUCUCCGGCAGCUUUCCACAGUUCCAGUCACUUCGGUUGGAGGUCCUCGAUCUUUCCAUGAACCAGAUGGGAGGCCAGUUAUCGCUGAGCAACGAGCUGGAACAUCUCAAGUCCCUUCUUCUCGGAAGUAAUCGCUUCUCGGGGCCGAUGCCGAACGACUUCUAUCGGCUACCUGUUCUAGAGGCUUUGAACGUGUCCAGGAACCUAUUCCAAGGAAGCCUUCCAACUCUGCUCAGCUUGACGGGACUCCACACGCUCGACUUGAGCCACAACAACAUCAGUGACACCAUUCCCGAUUAUUUCAGCACGUUUACGUCGUUGACAGUGUUGGAUAUCUCCAGCAACAGCUUUUCUGGACCGAUUCCUUCAUCCCUCGGAGAACUGAGAAGUCUUGAUCAGUUCAACUUCUCGAACAAUCAACUCAGUGGCGAGAUACCUCAGAUAACGCUCUUCACUGGCGCUUCUCCAAGUGUCUUCAUGAACAACUUGAACUUGUGUGGGCCUCCUCUGGCAAGUUGCGGCAGCCAACCUCCUGCUGGUACUUCUCCUGCCACACCUCGAUCCCGAAGAAGAAGGUCCGCUGGAAGGACAGUAGGCCUUGUCUUUCUCGUCCUUGGAGGAGUCUUCCUUGCGGCUACGGCAAUCUUUUUGUUGUGCGCCUAUAGAGCUCUGAAACGAAAGAAGUCCACCGUCAUGCAGGAGAACAAGUUCGCAGACAGAGUUCCUACGCUCUAUACAGAGAUUGAAAAGGCAACAGAGGGGUUCAGUGAUGGUAAUGUUAUUGGCACGGGGCCAUAUGGAUCAGUGUUCAGAGGCAUAUUUGCAUGGGAGAAGAUCCUAGCGGUGAAAGUAGGACGUACCGAGCAAGAUGCCGACGACACCAAGAACACGUACUACUACACUUCCGCCGCCAGGAAGCUCAACCGCAUCCGCCAUCCAAACGUUGUGAAGCUGGAGGACUUCCUCGUCUACAAAGGCGCAAAAAUCUUCCUCUACGAGUACAUGCCCAACAAGAGCCUUGCCGAGGCACUCCACAGGCCUUCGGGACCCAAGCUUCACUGGAACACCCGGUACAAAAUUGCCGUGGGGGCUGCUCAAGGCCUGUCAUAUUUGCACCAUCAGUACUCAAUCGUGCACUGCGACAUCAAGUCCAACAACGUACUUCUAGACUCGGCGUUUGGCGCUCGCAUUGCGGAUGUCGGACUAGCCAAGCUCAUCGGGGAUUCGAGAAACUUGUCCUGCUUGAACAGAUCCUUCGGCUACACAGCACCUGAAGCAGCGAAGGUGAGCCAGAAAGCAGACGUUUACAGCUUUGGAGUAGUCCUGCUAGAGCUCUUGACUGGGAAACGUCCGAUGAUGGAGGAUGGUACGAGCCUUGUCUCGUGGGUCAGGAACAGCAUUGCAGACGACCAGCCUUUGAGUGACAUCGUAGAUCCCAUCCUGAGGAACGUCAACGGGCCUUUCCAGGAAGAAAUCAGCAGCGUCUUCAAGAUAGCUCUGAUUAGCACGGAUCCGUCCCCAGCAAGACGGCCCUCGAUGAAAGACAUCGUCGAAGUCUUGUCUCGCAUCAGACGAGAGCCUGGAGCUGCCAAGUUGAGGAGCCUUCGGUCUUUUAUUCAUAGCCGUUCAUUUGUUUUGCUGAGUACGCGAGAUGAUGAUCAAUGAGUUUUGGCCUUGAUGUACAGAGCAGGCCCAUUCUUCACACACAAACAAGAGAACUCUUCUUUUCUGUAAUUAUAAAGUUGCAAACGUUUUAAAAA